AUGGGGUCGGGUGGGACACCCAGGGGAGCACACCAGGAGGGUGGCGGAGACGGCGGGGACCUCCGGCUGCGAACGACAGUGGGAGACGGCGAAGUGUGUAUCCGCCGGCGGUGCAUGCCCGGCCAGGGACCAACCAGUCGUCAAUCGGGCGUCAACCGGGAUGGGGAGGGGACAGGGAGGCUCGGUGGUGCCUCCCAACAGGGAACUGGGAGCAAUGUUGGGGGUGGAGCUGCUGGUCCUCGCCGCAGAGGGCGCCCCCCGCCACCCAAGGGGGUGGGAACCGCAGAGUCGGACGGCGGACUCCCAGCGGGCCAUCACCCCUCUGUAAAUGCAAGCUUCCGUCAGGAUUGCAGGUAA